GAACAAUGACCUUCUUUGUGGCCAAUGCGAUGACAUUUGCGGCAUUUAUGACUCUUAAACGGACAGAAUCUUGCAAAAUGCCAUGCUCCGCAAAACCAGCAUGGUGAUGGGGGGUUGGCAGGUUGUUUCCUGCUUGUACAGUUUUGUUUCGAUGAUUUUAUGGAUCGGAGCGCAUUAAUUGAAUCAAAACCGGAAGGUUUAACCUUCUGUUGCAGCAUCGCAGUGUCAUGCUUGAGAUUAAGCAACCGCUGACAUUCGGUUGUAACCAUUUGUAAUGUCAUAUUUGGUUCUUGUUCAAUUCGUGCCAACAUCCUGGUACGGACAUCUGCAUCUUCUUCAUUCUUUAGGCCACAUAUGAAAAUCAAGCAUUUAAAUUGGUCCGCUGUGAUUUCGUUUAUUUUGAAGCGUUCGCACUGUCGAUUUACCUUCCCGGCAUACGUAAGAUAAUCGUCCUCUGGAGAUUUUGUUAUUUGGAAACAUUUAUAGCGAGUAUUAAAUAAUGAGGACUGUUCAUCGAAAAUAUCAGAUAAAAUCUGGACUGUAUCUUUGAAUGAUACCUCUCUUGGAUUUUGCGCCAUAGACGUGAACAACUUAUGAAUCGAGAUUCAGAAAUCACAGAUGAUCCUGUAUUGAGUAAUGCUGUCAGAGCAUUGCUUACAGCAUUUGUCUCUAUAGAAUUAUCACCUGGUACUGGAGUUGUUGGCAGUGCUGGUAGUGCAGCUGAUGCUGUGAUAGCUGCUUCUUCAUCAUCUACAUCACAAAAUUCUUCACGCCAACCUGAUUCUCACUUAAACAGUAGUGGUAGUCAAACAGAUACCGGUAAUAAUAGUAGUAGCAGUAGUGGCAAUACUGCAACGGACACUCAAACUGCUGCUGUUGGAUUUGAAGAAAAAUUUCAUUAUCGACGUCCAAUGUAUGCUUGUUUAAGAUAUUGGUACGGUAAACCAUUAUAUGAUGUACAGUUUAAGCGUUUAGAAAAUGAAGCUUUAGCGCAUAUCGAUGAUGUGAAUCCUCCAUUAUUUCUACAAUUUUUAUCACUUUUGGUGAAUGAUGCUAUCUUUUUGUUAGAUGAAGCCCUUAGUUUAUUAGCCCAACUUAAACAAACUGAACGUGAAAGAGACAAAUGUGGUGGGAGAUUAUCCUCUUCUUCAGACGAAGCAUUGUUUGCACAUACAGGUCGUUUAGCACGACAUCAUAUUAUGCUUGGAUUAGAUACCAUUGCUACAUUACGUCGAGUAAUCACUUUAUGUUCACAAUUAAUUACACAUCCAAUAUUGGUUGAUCGAGUUGCUUGUAUGCUAAAUUAUUUCUUAACAAGACUUGUAGGACCAAAACAACGUGAUUUAAAUGUACGUGAUAAAGCUGCUUAUGGUUUUAAACCAGAUUUAAUGGUACUAGAAAUUUCUGCAAUAUACCAGAUAUUAGCUCGUGGAUCUGAUUCAGCAGUUGAAACAGAUACUGAAACAAUCGCAUCAUCUUCGCUACCAUCAUCAUCGGAAUCAUUUCGUCGAGCUGUUGUUAGUGAUGAAAGAUCAUUUACACCAGAUUUGUUGGACCAAGCUUGUCGUGUAUUAGAUCGAAUCGCUGCACCAAUAGAUUUAUGUAAUAAAUUCGCUGAAGCUGUUCGUCUAAUUAAAGCUGAAAAUGUAAUAAAAACUAACGAAGAACUAGAUGUAGAUGAUGCACCGGAUGAAUUUAUUGAUCCAAUUAUGGGUUGUUUAAUGGAGGAUCCUGUGAAAUUGCCCACAUCGGGUAAAAUAGUUGAUCGUAAAACUAUAUAUCGUCAUCUGUUAAAUGAUUCUACUGAUCCAUUUAGUAGAAAACCAUUAACAAUGUCUCAAGUUGAACCACAAGAAAAUUUACGUUCAGCUGUUCGUAUGUGGAUUGAUGAACGUCGAGCACAAAGGUUAUCAAAGAAUACUCAGGGUAAAGAACAAGAGUCUUCUUAAUUUAUACAUAAUAUAUACAUAUUCAUAUGUUGGGACAGCACCUUAUUAUUAUUAUUAUUAUUAUUAUUAUUAUUAUUAUUACUACUACUACUUCAAUCUAUAGUUUAACAAACAAACAAAUAAAAUAAAAACACGAUUUUUUUUUAUAUGCAACAUACAAUUUUGUGCGUAUAAAUUUUUAUGAUCUGGUCUCUUCAUACUUUAUUGAUAUUGUCCAAACUCAAUCUUCCACCGCUCCCCUCUUUUUUUUCUUCUCUCAUUCACUUAAUUAUUUUUUCUUCAGUGAUAUCUUUGAACUAAUAACAAUACAAUAUAGUAAUAACAGUAAUAAUACUAAUUAAUAUGUGAAUUUGUAAAAGACAAUUAAAUUGUGUAUAAAAAGUAAGAAAUAACAAAAACAAAGAUAUGAUUGUAUUAUGU